UUUGGUAGGCGGAUGGUGCUUAUUGCCAAGGGUGCCAUAGAAUCGCGGUUUUCUGUGUAAUUUAGGGCUCAAUUUAAUGUUUUUAACAAACAUAUUUUCUAAAAUGCCCGUCCAACUUUACAAGUAACAGUGUUAUAAAGAGCGACGUUAUACAAAGCAAAGAUAUUAUGUUGAAAAGUAAAAUACUUUUUAAUUUAUUUUGUAUGAGUAUUAUUUAUGAUGUUUAUGCAGACGACUACGAAAAUGACGACAAGAUAUACAUGCUCGUAUCUCGAGACCAGCACGAGCGCACCCCGCGCCUGGAAGACUUCUUCUGGACAGGCUCAGGAGACGGUCCACCACCACCUCCAGACCCGCCCAUACCAACGCCAGCUAAGCCGACGUCACCGUAUGUCCACACCACUACCGUACUUGCCACUGUGUACUUGGAUUCUUACCCGCCACAGGCGGUGACAGAUAAGACCACAGGAGAAUGUGUCCUCAACUGUGGUGAACCAGGAGUACCCGACAGCUUGGAGCCAGAAAUACCAGAGGACCGUCGCUACUGGCUCCUAACAGUCAUCCAGGGGUCCACGCCUGACAGCUUACAACUGAGACUAGCCAGGUUGUACCAAAAAGCCUUUUUAAGACAGCAAGAAAGACACCUUGGCAUCAUAAAAUCACUAGACGCACCUACUUCAAGAAAGAAACAUGAUGUUCAUUCUUUCGUUGUAAACAAAGACAGCAAUGUUAACCAAGUAUCAUACAGCGCAGAAACACCAUACCGAUACCACGAUCUGCACAGUUCUGUGGCAGACCCUGUAGAGUCAUUAAGUAGUCUUACUAAAGUAGUAGAAAAAUCAUUUCCUUCUUCCAUAAAUUCGUCAAAAAUGAUGUUACGUGUAUACCCUGACGAUCAUUUAACAUUAAUCGAUAAUGUAGACCCAAAGUCAGUUAUAUCUGAAAUAAAAGCAACAAGAAUAAGUGAAGUAGAAUCGUGGAUACUGGCAACUCCUACAGUAGUGUUAAGGAAAAGGGAGAUAAGAGACCGUGAAGAGUUAGAAGAUGUUAAGGAGGAUUUGAUUGAUUUGCCGCUGGAGACAGAUACGAGUAACGAGACGUUGUUGUUCAAGCGAGAGAUAAUAAAACCAGAACAGCAGCCACCUGUGCAAGUGCACAUACAGAAUAUUACUGAAUCGCCAGAAACCGGUAGCGUUCAAAUAGUAUACGUGGUCCUUGUUGGUGGUCGCGCAGUGCCUGCUGCAGUAGCAGCAAGAGACAUGCGUCUCGUGAGAGACGCAGAAGUGGCAAGGGAGCUGGGAGCAGUUGUCACUACUAAGGCUGAGCCAGCGUACCUGAAGGCAGCCGAAGGUCUGGAGGGUGAGGCGGAGACAGGAGGCGUCCAUGGAACCGAGCUUUGGGCCCUCGCAGUGGGAGCAGUCGUGGCAGUACUACUGCUCCUGGUCCUCUUGGCUUUGCUGUGUCUGGCACAUAGCAGGAGGAAAGCAAUCAAAUCAGCAGCUUCCCUACGAGCGUACAGGAACGAGAUGUUACGAGAAGCAGAACGCAAUCAGUUGAAACAAGUUCAUGAAGAAAAGGAUGGGCGAUUGAUCAGCGUAGUGUCUCCGAGCAGGACAAGACCAAGCAGUACUUUACUACCAAUUUACAGAGCUGGUAGUGCUUCAAGUUCCUCAACAACCUCCUCUGGAGUAUCAGAAGUAGCAGCAGCUAUACGCCGAAGACAGAAGAAGCCCCAUGCAUUACGAAUGCCUCAAAAGAAAAGAGUGGGCACUACAGACAGUUUGCUGGAAGCAGCAGGCGUUGAUAGCUCGGAUAGUCAGGCAUCAGCGCCGCACACACCUACCUCAUAUCUUUCGAUGCCAUCAGUCAACUCCUUCCCAAGGGGCAAUAUCGUUGAGCCACUAUCCCGUAUCCUGGAACCAGUAUCGGUGCGUCAUCUGGACAUAGAUUCGCCGUGGUCUAGUCCAAAGCAAAAGACUGACAGGACCCAGGACAAAACCAAGGAUGUGGUGCAAAGGCGACAGAUGCCUUCACAGCUGGUGCGGCUCGGAAGCAUAGAUAAGGACCCAGGAGUCAUAGGACCUUUGGUAUGGGAUCUUCACUGCCAGAGGAUUAAAGAUGCAUCAAAGCCAUCCAGUCCCACCAAGUCUGGAGGCAAGCCCGUCCCGUCCCGCAUGAGGCAGCGGUUCAACGAGCUUAUGGAUGACGCGUUUACGCUGUUUGGAAGUGCCUCGGGACAGUCCCGGGACACGCCAGGUGAAUCUGAGAGGGACAGCGGAGACAAGCUUAAGAAGUCAGAUACAGAGCAACUAGCCCAGGCAAGGAACGACAACGUGCGUCUACCGGGCUCCCCUUACACUGCCCUUGACACCGUGAGGGGACGAUCAGCUGGCACUGGAAGAGGUGGCACUCAACCAGCAGAGGCGACCGCUAGCGUGCGCCCGCGCACAUCGUUCACGCGGCCGGUAGCCGAGCGUAGGGCUCCGCCCCCCGCCAGGGCUUGGGGGCCCACGCCGCCACACUCGCUGACCGGAGUGGCAGGUCGCGUCCCCGCAGUCAACCCUUCCUUGGUCCUGUCUGAAGGCCGCCUCGCACCGGAAGACCCUGCUAUCCCGCUCAUCUCCGCAAUAAAGAGCGAGAUACAACGCAUCAGGGAACACGCACAUAAACCUGACACGUAACUUGUAAUCCGAAAGCGUCAAGUGAUCCUGGUGGCCAUUUUUCAAACUUCAACAUUUCUGUUCAUCAAAUCUUAAAUUGGUUUUUGUCUCAAUGAUUGAUGGGUAGGGGGAUUAUUUUUUAUAUUUAUACAUUUUUUUUUUCAGUGAAAAUCUAACCUCAGGAUCUAUGAGGAACCUCAUAAUUUAAGUAAUAUUAAUUGUAAGAAUCUCUAUUAGAUAAUGAUGUAUGGAUAAGACAAACAUAGGUGGUUAAUUUCAAUGUUUUUGUUAUGUAUUUGAUGUUUUGAUAUUAUUUAUCAGUUGUUUAUAUUUAUUAUUUAAUUUUGUAUUGUAUAUUUGAAAGGAAUUAUGUUUGUUGAACUUCUUUGUAAAUACUAAUCGUUUUGAUAUAAUAUGUACCUAUGUAGAGAAUAAGAAGGUAGUAGAACAGUAGUUUCACAAUUAGAAUUUGAUGCCAACUCUACUUUAUACAAGUACUAGAUCUUUUUUGGAAAUCAUGUUUAUGAAUUUUUGGAAUAAAAUUGUUCAAAAUAAA